CCUCUCUUCACGGCUUUCUCCGAUGGCGAUUGUGCAAGUCGCUCGCUCGCUUCUCUUCCUGCUUUCCUUGUUCUUGUACACUCAACACACAACCACCGGCACGGUAACCGUCGGUUCAUCGCUUUCUCCGAGAACCAACCGCACUUCGUGGCGUUCGCCGUCGGGUCUUUUCACCUUUGGGUUCUAUCCUCAAGGGGAUAAGUACGGCGUUGGAAUAUGGCUUGUUGGUAAGCCUAACAACACUGUCGUGUGGACUGCAAACCGGGAUGAUCCAUUGGUCUCCUCAAAUGCGACAAUUGAGUUCACUAUGGACGGCAAACUUGUCGUCCGAACCGGUCAGGGAGGUCAGGAGGCAUCCCUUGUCGGCUCUGAAUUGUUGGAGCCUGCUACCUCUGCGUCCAUGCUUGAUUCCGGUAAUCUUGUGCUCUACGGCAACAAUUCUCAUGUGAUCUGGGAGAGCUUCGAUUUCCCGACCGACACCAUACUGGGCGGUCAGAACCUCUCCGAGCAAAAGGAAUUGAUUUCGAGCAAAUCAUCACUUGACCACUCAAGCGGUCGGUUUAGAAUCUCCAUGCAGACUGAUGGGAACCUUGUCGCGUACUCUGUUAACUCCACCAAUUCUCCCCAGGACGCAUACUGGUCGAGUGAUACUUCCGGGCCAUCCUCAUUGCAGCUAAAUCUUGAUUCUCAAGGAACUCUUGCUUUGUGGGACGAUAGUGGCGCUUGCGAGAAAAUUCUCGCCAAUCAUAGCUCGUUUUCUAGCAAAGAAGGCAGUACCAUUUAUCGCGCGACACUUGAUGACGAUGGGAUAUUCAGGCUCUAUUUACACCGGUUCUCGAAAGGUGACUUCUCGAGCACAGGAGGGUCCAUUCGGUGGUCUGCACUAGAGCACCAAUGUGAUGUCAAAGGUUUCUGUGGAUAUAACAGUUACUGCAGAGGCAGCAGCGACGGGGCACGAUGUGAUUGCUUUCCUGGUUUCGCUUUCAUCGAUGCAAGCAAGAGAUUUUUGGGUUGCCGGAGGAGCUCCAACUACGAACAGCACUGUGGUGUGGAAGAUGCUAAUAUUACUUCGAGUAUCACCCCAUUGGCGCGUGUAGAAUUCGGGGGUCAUCCUUAUCUGGUACUACCACUUCCCAUCGGCGAGUGCAAGAGGUCGUGCCUGGAAGACUGCAAUUGUGAAGUCGCUUUGCAUCAAGAUGGAUCGUGCAGCAAGAUGAAGCUGCCCAUCAUCUACGGGAAAGCAAAUGGGGAUGAUUCCUCCACGGUGUUAGUAAAAAAACUCAUCCCUGUCCCCCUUGCUUCUCAAAAGCCACCAGUCCCAACAAAGCCAAUAUCUGUGACGGAGAAAAAGAAUACACUUGUUUUGAUUGUCGGGGUCAGCUUGGGUUCUAUUGCAAUUUUCUGCUCCAUGAUAGCUGCGUUUAGUUUCUUGUUGUAUCGAUACCGAGUUCAUAAGUACGCGAGGCUUUCAACAGAUUCUACUUUGGGUCCAGCACGAGAGUUCACUUUGCAAUCCUUCUCAUUUAAGGAGCUUGAAGAAGCUACCGGUGGGUUCACGGAAGAGAUCCGUAAGGGCUCUUUUGGGGCGGUGUACAAAGGGAUAAUCUCCGAUGGAAGCAAGCGUGUAGCAGUAAAGAGAUUAGAGAGAGCCAUCGAACAAGGAGAGAAAGAGUUCCAGGCUGAAAUGGCUGCAAUCGGUCAUACUCACCACAAAAAUAUAGUCCAAUUGCUCGGCUUCUGCAUGGAGAGCUCGAGGAAGCUUCUUGUAUUCGAAUAUAUGGAGAACGGAUCACUGGCAGAUCUCCUGUUUGAUGUUGAAAGGCGUCCUCCUUGGAGUGAAAGAGUCAGAAUUGCGUUGGAAGUAGCGAGAGGAAUCCUAUAUUUGCACGAAGAGUGUGACCUCCAAAUAAUUCACUGCAACAUCACGACACAAAACAUUCUCAUGGAUGAAUCUCGGACCGCAAAAAUCUCGGAUUUUGGCCUAGCGAAGCUCUUAAUGCCAAAUCAAACCGGUACGAAAACUGAAGUCAGAGGUACAAGAGGCUAUGUGGCACCAGAACUGCAGAGGAAUGCCAUGGUAUCCACAAAGGCCGAUAUUUACAGCUACGGAGUCGUGUUGCUAGAAAUAGUGUGCUGCAGGAGCAACAUGGUGGUCGACGUUUCGUCAGCAGAUGAGGUGCUGCUUUGCUCAUGGGUCUACAACUGCUACAUCACCGGAGAGCUUCCCAAGCUCGUAAAAGACGAACGAGUAGACAUGAAAAGUGUCGAAAGAAUGGUGCAAAUUGGGCUCCUCUGUGUGCAUGAUGAUUCGGAGAUUCGCCCUUCGAUCAAGGAUGUGAUAUUGAUGCUGGAAGGUAUUAUGGAUGUGCCACGCCCGCCAUGCCCAACCCCAUUGUCCUAUACAUCUUAAUUCGCGUGACUCAUCAUAUGAUAGGUCAUUGCACCUGACUCAAAGGACGAUUUUCGACUUUGUUUGGUGCUUCUCGGUAACUUGUAGAGCACAAAUACACUGUGACAGGUCAAGUUCAUGAAACUUAGCAAACCAUUUUCAGCCAUGAACUGUUUGCAUUUGUUGUGUCAUUCAAGAAUAAAAGGUCAUAUGUCCGCUACUACAUCUCGUAAGUGUGACUUAGUAGACAUUUUUGUAGCCGAAGCCUCCAUACCUCUCGUUAGGUAUGAGAGUUUCGUUUCCCUUUUUUCAUGAGAAUAAUGUUGUUUUCUGACUCAAGGUCGAAUAAACUAUCUCCAUACGGUUUUGAGUCCUUA